AUGCUCACGCCUUUGUCACUUAAUAUUAUUAAAUUCACAGCUAUAUCUAGUUCUCUAGAUGAUGUGCUUUGUCCUGGAAUAGCGGGGCUUCCUGCAACGGUUUUCAUCGGAGCUACACCAGCAACUGUACCAACCGUAGCAGCUGCUACUCCAAAGCCAACUGCUGCAACUCCUAAAGUGACUGUGUCACCAGCAGUUGCUGCGGCAAACUCGGCUGCUGCGGCAAAAGCGGCAGCUAAAUCCAAAGCAGUGCAAUCAGCAAAACAAGCUGUCGCCGCAGCAAAGGCAGCAGCAGCUAAUGCAGCUGCAAAGGCAAAGGCAGCUGUGGCUGCAAAAAAGGCGGCUGCAGCCAAAGCUGCGGCAGCGAGACAAGCAGCGACGCAAGCAAAGGCUGCAGCAGCAGCGCAAGCUCGAGCUGCUGCCAAAGCUAUGGCUGUGGCAAAAGCAGCUGCAGCUGCUAAGAAGGCUGCCACGGCUAAGGCGCAAGCAACGAAGAAAUCAGCGGCGGCUGCGAAGGCAGCAAUAGCUGCCAGGAAAGCAAACGCUGUCAGGGCAGCAGCUGCAGCUAAAGCAACAGCAGCUGCAGCUAAAGCAAAGGCAGCUCAGAAAGCAGCACAAAGAGCAAAGGCAAAUGCUGCAAUCAAAGCAGCAGCUAAGCUUCAAGCACGAGCAGCCGCGGUCAAGGCAACUGUUGCCGCCAGAGCAGCCGCAGCUAGGUCAAGAAAGGCAUCGAAGACUGCUGCAGCUGUCAAAGCUGCGGCAAAAGCAAAAGCGGCAGCAGCUGCAAAGGCGCAAGUAGCAGCAAAUGCAGCUAAAGUAGCUAAGAAACAAGCAGCUGUCCAAGCAGCGGUAGCAAAUGCAAAGGCAGCUUCAGCGAAAAACGCUGCGGCGGCUUCCAAGGCUGCUGCUAAAGCGCAAGCAGCAAAAGCGGCCCGGGCAGCAGCAACCGCAAAAAACGCAGGCAAACCAACUCUAGCUCCCACAACAGUGCCAAGGACUUCCUCACCAUCGGCAGGGUCUUCAGUUAAACCAGGGGUGCUCACCGGUACCAAAAAGCCCAGUAUAAGCACACCCAUAACGGCAAAGAUUGCUGCAACUACACCACCACUGGUGGCGACAACAUCAAGACCGAGGACAACAGUUUCUGUUACAAACAGGCCAGGUUGGUAGCCUUAUUUUAGUUAACCUUGCUGAGCUGGACGCUUUGUUUUGAAUAAUUUGGACAAUAGUAAUAGGAUAAUUGUUUGUUCUCUUGCCAUUCUUUAUUCUUCAUGUGAAUCAGCAGUUCUCAACAACUUCAUUCUGCUGUAAACUACACAUUUACCAUCAAUUAAAGUUGAACGAUGUACGGACUGUUUUCGCGGCACAACGUUUUUGACUAAUAUUUAUUUUCGUUAAACCAAAAUGGGAACGCACGCACAACAAAACAUUGCGAUUUCACGUCUUCAGCGACUAUCAGUUUUAUGGUCGUGCUUUUCAAUUAGUUGUUGUAUUGUACUGUUUUCAAAGGUUCCCCUGUGAAAUCAUUUAAUGCUGUACUGCGAAUACCCAGUGGCAAACACCAUCCCGCACUGAACAACAAACAAUCUUCUGAGUUCAAGGGGCUUGAAAAACAACUAUGUAGUAAGGUAAGGAAUAAGCUUCCAUUUUCGUUCAAACGUACUCCGCUUGAAUCUGGUUUGUUCUUGUUUUCAGUUAUUAUGGCGGUUUCUUUCAAAACAAAGUUUAAUCUGUUUUUUCUGAAGUUCUUCAUAGUGACAGAAGCUUACGGCGGACACUCGGCAGAAGUGGUUAGAGGGGUGGGGUGUUUUUUUCUCUUUUGUGGUUCGCAAAGUAAGAGUUAGAGCAGCGCGAAUGAUGAACCGGAUUCAAAACAGGAAACGAUGGGGGAUGGGACAAGGGGAGAAGGCCCCCUACCACAUCGUUUUCUUUUUCAUCCUUGCUUCAGCUUUCGCACGGUUGUAUCUCUUACUUGACCAACCACAAAAUAAAAAACCACCAAAAAUAUCGCCAGCUACUCAGGCUAGUAGAGAAGGAACAAGACAUUCGCUCUUUUUUGGUCUUUUCCGCUUUUGCUCCUUUGUUUAUGGUUACCGCUUCAGUCUUUGCUUCCAUUACUUCUAUCGUUUGUAUUGAUGGAAGUAGUGAAAGGGUGAGGAGUAGCCUGCGAACAGCAAAUGCAGUUCCGGUCGUCGCUUCUCUCAAUCCGAAGAGAGAGAAGCGACGACCGGAAAUGCGUCUGCUGUUCGCAGGCUAGGUGAGAAGCAGCUUUCCUGCUCUCACUGAAUGACGUAACCGACAAGGACUUCCUUUUUAAACUGUCUAAGUUAGUCUUGAAUAAGUGUUUGUCAAACUGUUUACUCCUUUAGGUUAAGUCAGCUAUAAAAGCAGUAACGCAAUGUCGUGUUCAAAGUUUCCGGUAGGUAGUGACAUCAAACAUUAUUCAGUUUAACUUGGACGAAAACUCAUAUUGCUUAGCUGGUCACUCAUAAAAUCAGACUACGGAUUUCACUGUAGCCUGCAUUUUACUUCGGCUCUCUUUUAUACUCCAUGUUUAAUUUAUCAUUGCGGUAAAUAGAUAACAUUUCUAAGUGCGAUGAUCACGUUUGCCGUUUAUAUACUUCGUCCGCACCGUAUAUAUUUAGUAUUAUCAUAGUUACGUCAAAUAGAAAAUGGGGAAAUUUUUUAGUAGCCUCUGACGCUGCAGUCCUUAGGGUUCUUUCGCUCUUGGAAGACUGUGGAGUACUGUGCUAGCACGUCUGUGGGCGACCUUGGUGUUAUAAGUGUGAGGCAGAGAAACACAAUGCAAGUAAAAGGCGAAGCUAAGACAUUAUUUUGGGAAAUCUAGGUGCAACCAUCAGGAACGACGGCAUUUUCAUGGCCGAACGUUAACCUGUCCCGGCCCCUUAUUUUUAAAACAAACUGAGGCCCGAAGGGCCGGCAAAAUGUUUUUUUGAGACCGGCCCGUUCCCUUAUCUCAGGGUCUGGAUGACCGCCCCCCCCCCCACCCUUAUCUGAAGGUCUGGAUCCGCCAGUGGCAGUGAACCCUGCUCUUGAGACUCCUGCUCAGAAUGGAGGUUAAAUAAGUGCGCACUAUACUACUAAGUUUGUUGUGUUUCUUUGCAGACCUGGAAGUCUGUUAGUGGACUUUUAUCUGAAGUUUCUUAGCACCAUAUCUAACCCCGUACAGCUGUUGCUUAAUCUACUUAAAACCGGGUUUAUUGGAAGUAUUCCGGUUGAUAAGCUGCCAAAGAGACUCUACAACGGGACAGGUACGUGCAAAGCGGUGUCUGUGCACAUUGUACCAGCGCAUAUAUAUAGGUUUAGACCAAAGUCGCGUCGAAUAGACACUACUUAAGUGAAUAUAGUACCGCAUGCAUAGCAAUUAGAUCAGUCCUGUAGUCCUUUGCGGACGCCUAAAAUCUCCUAAACAGGAGCGUAGCUAAAAAUUUUCCAGAGGUACGCACAAUUCGUUUGCGCGAGGGUGACUUGAUUAUAAUUCCCCUUUUUUAUCGUUAUUAUGACCACCGUGUUCUUCAGGCAGCAGUAUUUACGGCUUUUCGCUUGUGACAAAAGCUGCAAAAUGCCUUAUUUUCCUUGAAGUUAUAUCUGAAGGGGGUUAAAGGGAACUUAUAUUUUAGGUAAAUGAGCGCCCCUUUUCAACUGUCCCUUAUUUACCUUCUUCCCCUUUGCUUUGCUUUUCUAUUUUGUGUUUGUUUUUUAAUUAUCUUCGCCAUUUUUCCAGGCGCACGUGCGUACUGGGCGUACAGAUAGCUACACCCAUGCUCAUAGUUUUUUGACUUGGUUUCUUUUUCUUUAGCCGAUUUUGAAGAGAAAGCAGGUGAAUAGAGGGAGGGUACAAUUAAUACUUGGCGGUUUAUAAGGCUAUGCGCACACUAUUCCGCAUAGCAUAUCCGGUUGGGUACAGUCAGAAACUCAUAAGGGACAGACAACAACUACUCGAGCGUAAACACCAUGUUGUUGGCUUCGGCGAACUAGCACUCGUUUUCUCGGUUUCUUCACUCUUGUUAAAUGUUUUCGUACUGUUUACACCUAUAAAAUUUUCCAAGCAUACACAUAAUUUACUCCGGGGAUGGUAGCAGUUUAGGGGGAAAUUGGCUUACCAUCCGGGCCAAACGCAACAUUAAGGCCAUUUAUACGAGGAAAAAUAAGACGCGUCUUACAUAUGACGCGUCCUAAAUAAGACGCGAACAUUCCGUAUAAACGGCACAUUUCGUCUAAAUAAGACGCGGCUUAGUUAAGACGCGUCUUAUUUUAGAACAGCCCUUAACACUUGUUCUUAGAUAAGACGCGUCUUAGCUACGACGAGAAAAACUUCGUAUAAAUGACCUUCGCGUCUUACAUAAGACGCGAACGCAUACGUUAAUUUUUGGCGCGCCACGUUGGAUUGCCGUUGCUAAGGGCAACAUUCACAUGAAAACGCGUCAAGAACAGAAAUAAGACGCGAACCAUUUAUACGAGCUGUUCUCGUCUUAGAUAAGACAUGCUCGUAUAAAUGGUAUUGUUCGCGUCUUAUUUAAGACGCGUCUUAUGUAAGACGCGUCUUAUUUUUCCUCGUAUAAAUGGCCCUAUUAUGAAAUUUAAUCUUCAAAAUUAACGGGUGAUGUUGCCACAUUUAGGCCACGCGAAAGUCACGCAACGAGAGUUUCCAAAUAUGGUAAAAAUGAAUAUUUACGAGCAUUGAACGCGAGUUACACGUCCGAACUCCUUAUGGGUUUCUGGUACAGUAUAGUGUGAACACCUAUCUGAUCAUGAUAUGAGACUCUCAACUUUAAAGAUCGGCGCGGCGUAGCUUCGCUCCGUUACAGAAAUCGCGCCGAAAUCAUCGAUACUACGUGUGAACAGAAGCUCUAUCCGGUAUGUUUUCCCCGCCGUCAGAAUGCUAUCCUUUAUAAUUUGAACGAAUAAGGAAUGAAAAGAACAGUUGGCAUGACUAGUAUGAGAAGAGAAGAAGAGUAAAACAAGCGCCUUUAGUAUUUACAUUUAUGGGGAAAUGUCAAAAUGUGAGUGGACAAGCAUGUGCGGCACACGGCGGCCAUAUUGUCCCAGGAGACUGAAAUGGCUUUGUUUUACCACCCUCUACCUCGUAGCGAAAAAAUUGGGAGCGAGGCUAGACAGGUAAUAGAAAGCUGCUUUAGUCUCUCGGGACAAAAUGGCUGCCUUGUGACAAAAACCCAUGGCGUCAUGCUCAUUUCAAGUUCACAGCCCUGAAAUAAAAUUGGACCUUAUUAGGCCGUUUUUGUUUCUAGAUCGUAUUUGAGAGGGCUCAAAAAUCCUUUAGGGUUAUCACACUUCCUAUCUUGACGGAAAGUUGCGUCAAUCUCAUAUUUUUUUCCUUGUGUUUCAGGAGUCACGUUUCCUCCAGGUUUUUCUGGCUGCAAGCCUGUAGGCUGUCCAAACCCCUGCCUUCCUCCUACAUGCAGUACAGUAUGUUCAACUGGAAUUCAAUGCUCCAACCCUGUUACCAGCUUACCAUUUGUUUCGACUCCAGUCGUCGCUCCCACGGUACCAGUAAUUCCUAUGUCAUACCCUGCACCGCCAAUAUAUUUUCCAGCUCCAUACCCUGCUACUCAACCCAUGCCUGUUCCUGCCCCCUGCCCCGUGCAGUGCGUGCAACAUACGCCGCAGUUCUGCCCUGCCUACUGUCCCAGGAGAUGCUGUCGAGCGGGCGUACCAUUGACAAGGGCAGGCAAGAGAAGCGGAAUUAAGAGACCU